CAUAUAGAAUCCAAACUUCCGGUACGAGUUUCACUUUCUUAUUCCGAUACCCUCCGGACCGUGCCAUGCGGAUAUUUUUUAUUAUUUUUAUUUUUUAUUUUUACUUAUUAUCUUUAUUUACCUUUCACAUGCAUUCAGGGUCAUACAGAUAGUCUUUGGACAACUUCUUUGGGCAAAAAACAGAGACAUAGACUCCCAAACUCCUUUUUGUUUUUCCCUCCUUCAUACAUAUUUUAGACCCACUAGCGGUACUCAGUGCCUUCUUCCUAAAUACCUAAAAGAGAAGAACAAAAGAAGGAAAAAAAGAAGAAAAAUAGAUGGGGGCGAGAAAAGGUGGGCUAACAUGAACCAGACAUCCCAUACUGAGGAACCUUGGGAAGGGGAAGGGAAUGGUAUGAACCAAAGUCCCAACGCCUUCUCAAACGACCUCAUCACAAACCAAGAUCUCAAUGGCAUCGCCAACUCCAGAAGAAAGAUUUCUUCAAGGAGUAUGGACAACUCAGGACAGCCUAUAGCCGAGGACAUAUCCCCUACCACGGAUGAGGACCCUGAUGGCCGUGGCGCGAGCACCCCCAAUCUGGCCAUCCCGUGUCAUACGAUUGGCCAGACCUCAAAAGGGGGGUCUGUUAAGGUGGUUGAAGGUUACGACACCACCACACCUGAUGACCGCUCAAUUGAAUCCCGCAAGUAUAAAAACAAACUGGAUCAGAUCAAAUAUACUAUCAUCACCUUUGGGAAGUUUUGCGGCCCAGGCUUCUUAGUUGCUGUAGCUUAUAUUGACCCUGGCAAUUAUUCCACCGACAUCAGUGCAGGCGCUGAGAAUCAAUUCCGAUUGUUGUUCAUCAUUUUGAUGAGCAACCUGUUCGCCAUCCUUCUGCAAUGCCUCUCUAUCAAGUUGGGAACCGUCACAGGACUCAACCUAGCUGAGGCUUGCCGCACAUUUCUACCAAAAUGGGUUAAUUAUUUCUUGUAUGUCAUGGCCGAGGCCGCUAUUAUCGCCACUGAUAUUGCUGAGGUCAUUGGUACUGCCAUUGGAUUAAACCUGCUCGUUCCCAAGAUACCCCUGGUGGCUGGUUGUGCCAUAUCCAUCUUGGAUGUAAUGAUCAUUCUAUUCUUUUACCGGCCCGAUGCAUCGAUGAGGGGGCUUCGUAUGUUUGAGGUCUUCGUCAUGCUCCUUGUCAUGGGAGUCGUUAUCUGCUUCUGCAUUCAGCUCUCCCUCAUCGAAGACACAACCCCUGGAGAGGUCUUUCUAGGCUAUGUACCGAAUGAUUCUAUCAUUCAAUCCGGAGGUCUGUUUCAGGCUUGCGGUAUCCUAGGUGCUACAGUGAUGCCACAUUCGCUGUACCUAGGCUCUGGUAUAGUGCAAAGCCGUCUCAAAGACUACGAUACUAAGCACGGUCUGCUUCCGCUCGAGACACCAUCGGCAAAUAGCAGCACCAAAGAUAGUGAACCCGGAGGAAAGACAUACUACGUGCCUAGCCUUAAAUCCAUCAGGCACUCGCUCAAGUACUCGUACGCCGAAGUAGCUCUGUCUCUAUUUUCCUUCGCGCUCUUCGUAAAUAGCGCUAUCUUAAUCGUCGCUGGCGCAAGUCUGUACAACAACCCCGACGCCCUUGAUGCUGACAUCUUCGGGAUCCACGACUUGUUGUCGCAGAGCAUUAGUCCUGCGGCAGGUACCAUCUUCGCGCUGGCGCUACUCUUCUCGGGUGUCUCGGCUGGCAUCGUGUGCACCAUCUCGGGGCAGAUGAUCUGUGAGGGCGCGCUUAAAUGGAGGAUGCAGCCAUGGGUGCGUCGCCUCAUCACGCGGUCUAUUGCCAUUACGCCCAGUAUUAUCAUCGCAGGUGCUGCCGGCCGCGAUAAACUUAACGCUGCUCUCAACGGUAGCCAGGUUGCGCUCAGCGUUGUCCUACCCUUCGUCUCGGCUCCGCUCAUUUGGUUUACCUGCUUUAACAAGUAUAUGACUGUCCAACCAGGCAAUGCGAGGUAUAAGACCGAGGGCAAGGAUGCCUUCACCCUGAACGGUGUUGCUCUCAGCCUCGAUGCAAACGGCACAGAGCUCGGCCCUGCCAGCGGCAGCCAACCCGUCAAGAUGGCGAACCCGUGGUGGAUCUCCAUCCUUGCGGGCGUGAUCUGGCUCAUAAUCGUCGCUAUGAAUGUGGCGAACUUGGUGUUGCUGGGUCUGGGAGCCGUCUAAGUCGAUGAUCAUUGUCCCACAUAGUGUACACGGCACCUACAUACAUAUCACCUCAUAAGACAAGACAGAGGCCUUUCUUAGGCCAAUGUUGUCGAGUUGUAUGUGGAGGAUUUUACAAGUAAGGUAAAACCUGCUGCGAGCACCUUUUUUUUUUACUUCCCUUCAUCUUUAUCAUUGCCAAAUUCUCGUUUGCUAUCGAAUAUCUUGGAUUCCAUAGCGUUUUGAAGGGGGGCCUCAAAGUGAGAGAGAGCGAGAGCGAGAGACGGGAAAACGUCUCAUUAUCAUUCUGUCCUUUUCGCAUAAAAAUAUUUGUUUUUAGAGAGCAAUCUUUUGCUUCGUAGUAUAGUACCCAGCUAGUAUGUCAUGAGACCAUGAGAGAGAGAGGUGUAUACGAGAAUGGUAUAUGACCAAAUUCUUAGCCUGGA